AUCUGUUUAGCCGGGACAGUUGUUUAUUUACUAGUCUGUAUGAAGUUUAGCCAGCAUCCACGAGCGGGGUAGCGGAUUUAACUAACGCUGCGUAGCCGGUCAGCUGGUCUCACUAGGUUGACGUUAGAUGCUAUGCGCUUUUGUUGUGAUUCCUUCGAUCUGAUUGUUUGUAUCCACGAGACGGAACUCGAGGUGGUCAUUUGGUUAAUACAGCACCUUUUAUAGUUUGCUUUUUCUUACGGCCAGGUCACAUCUGACCAUGCAUCACUGGGUUUCGUCUGGUCUCAGAGAUGCUGAGAGCAGCAGUCACCUUGGUGGGGCAGCGAGUGACGUUACACCGAUAACAUGAUGAGAACCAGUAUUGUGGUUAGGGUCUAUUCUUAAUAUACAAAGUAAAGGGCAAUAUUUACCUCAGCUCCAGACUAGAGUUCAGUUUUGCUGCGUUCUUGCAUAUGCAGUCCUCUUUGCAUCCAGUCCAGCAGGCUACAUCUCUGACUUUGCUCAAGAGCUGUGAGGUCAUGGCAGCUGCCAGCGUGAGCAGACCUGGCGGUUCCCAGACCACUGAGAAGUCUCAGCUGAUCUUGAAAGUGGUGUCUGCGAAGCCCCAGUCUCCAAAGCUGCCAAACCGUCAAUCCCGACUCAGCUCUUUUGUCGAGGUGACCGCAGACGGCCUGAGCAGCGAAACCAAAAAGACGGGCAAACGCAGUGGACACCUAGAGCUGCAAUGGAACGAAGACCUCACCCUUAAUGUGACGCCUCAGAGUCGUCUGGAUCUGAAGCUGUGGAGCUGCCACACCCUCAGGAAGGAGCUACUUGGCAGCGCCACCAUAGACCUGCUGGACACGCUGCGCACUCAUGAUGGCAAGAUGGAGAACGUCCAGCUGAGUUUGGUGCUGCAGACGGAGAACAAAGGCUCGGUUGUAGCGGGAGGCGAGCUCAACGUCUGUCUGGACGGCAUGGUUGUUGAUCUUGGCACGCUGCCCAAUGGCAGCACGGCAGCAGACAAGAUACUGCAGUCAGAUAGACCCAACCUGAGGAGGACACAGAGCGAGGAGACUCCCGGUACAGCUGGAUCUCAUAGCAGGAGUAACAGGCACUCAGUGGGGGGUUCGCAGGGCGGCUCCCCGGGGGGCUCCCUGACUAACGGGGAUCUGAAUGAGGAGCAGAUCACCGGUCCGGGGUCGUCCGGUCGCCUCCGCUCCUCCAAGAGUCACGUCAGCCCCGGAAGCAGCGGAGACAAAGUAGAGCUGACGUCUAACGGGCUGGAGGGCAGUCGCGGCGUCAUGGCCCGACACACUCCCCCUCCUCCGUCCUCCCCGUCGGGCCGAUCCCCGGCCGCCAGCAGCAGCAGCAGCCCCUCGCCGGGUCAGGAUGCCCUGGGUCCGGCCGCGCCGGUGGAGCCCGGCCCCAACGCCGCCUCCGGCACUGAGCAGGCCAGCAACAGUGCCACAGAGCCCACCACAGACUCACUCCCGGCAGGCUGGGAGCAGAGGGUGUUGCCUCACGGCAGGGUGUACUACGUGGACCACAACACCAAAACCACGACCUGGGAGAGACCGCUGCCUCCAGGCUGGGAGAAGCGAGUGGACCAGAGGGGCAGGUUCUACUACGUGGACCACAACACCAGAACCACUACAUGGCAGAGGCCCACAGCUGAGACCGUGCGCAACUACCAGCAGUGGCAGAGCCAGCGCAGCCAGCUGCAGGGCGCCAUGCACCAGUUCAGCCAGCGCUUCCUCUACCAGCCGUCCGGAGCUCCGGUGGAAAAUGACCCCCUCGGCGCGCUGCCUCCUGGAUGGGAGAAGCGUCAGGACAAUGGCAGGAUCUACUUCGUCAACCACAACACCCGGACCACGCAGUGGGACGAUCCUCGGACCCAAGGGAUGAUCAAGGAGCACCCCCUGCCCCCGGGCUGGGAGAUGAAGUACACCGCCGAGGGAGUCAGAUAUUUUGUGGACCACAACUCACGCACCACCACCUUUAAAGACCCCCGACCCGGGUUUGAGCCAGGGUCAAGGCAGGGCGGGUCACCAGGCGCUUACGACCGCAGCUUCAGGUGGAAGUAUCACCAGUUCCGUUUCCUGUGCCAUUCCAACGCCCUGCCCAGCCAUGUCAAGAUCUCCGUGUCCAGACAGACGUUGUUUGAGGACUCAUUUCAGCAGAUCAUGAACGUGAAGCCGUACGACCUUCGCCGCAGACUCUACAUCAUUAUGAGAGGAGAGGAGGGGCUGGACUACGGCGGCAUCGCCAGGGAGUGGUUCUUCCUCCUGUCCCACGAGGUGCUGAACCCCAUGUACUGUUUGUUUGAAUACGCCGGCAAGAACAACUACUGUCUGCAGAUUAACCCCGCCUCCUCCAUCAACCCCGACCACCUCACAUACUUCCGCUUCAUCGGACGCUUCAUCGCCAUGGCUUUGUACCACGGGAAGUUCAUCGACACCGGCUUCACGCUGCCGUUCUACAAGCGGAUGCUGGACAAGAAGCCCACACUCAAAGACCUGGAGUCCAUAGACCCCGAGUUCUAUAACUCCAUCAUGUGGGUCAAAGAGAACAACCUGGAGGAGUGCGGUGUGGAGCUCUACUUCGCUCAGGACAUGGAGAUCCUCGGGAAGGUUUCCACCCACCAGCUGAAGGACGAUGGCGAGAACGAGCUGGUCACUGAGGAGAACAAAGAGGAGUACAUCAGCCUGCUGACGGACUGGAGGUUCACCCGUGGCGUGGAGGAGCAGACCAAAGCCUUCCUAGACGGCUUCAACGAGGUGGUUCCUCUGGAGUGGCUACGCUACUUCGACGAGAAGGAGCUGGAGCUGAUGCUGUGCGGGAUGCAGGAGAUCGACAUGACCGACUGGCAGAAGAACACUAUCUAUAGACAUUACACCAAGAACAGCAAGCAGAUCCACUGGUUCUGGCAGGUGGUGAAAGAGAUGGACAACGAGAAGAGAAUCCGUCUGCUUCAGUUUGUAACAGGAACCUGUCGGCUGCCUGUUGGAGGAUUUGCUGAGCUCAUCGGAAGUAACGGUCCCCAGAAGUUCUGCAUUGACAAGGUGGGGAAGGAGACUUGGCUUCCAAGAAGCCACACAUGCUUCAACCGUCUGGACCUGCCGCCCUACAGGAGCCUGGAGCAGCUCCGAGAGAAACUCCUGUUCGCCAUCGAGGAGACGGAGGGAUUCGGACAGGAGUGACGCAGGAAAAACGGAGAGAACUGCUCAUUCAAUGGGAUAGUUCUUUUAUUAUUAAUAUUUUUUUUUGCAUUUGUUAAUCAUAGAGCUGAAAAAUCAUCUGUCAUCUGCGGCCCCUCACCUGGAGGGGAUGAUGUGUGUGAGCAGAGAAAUGGGAUAAAGUCGGAGUGUGUGCGCUUAUCUGUGUAUGUCUGCGUGGUUGCUCACAUUGAUGACAUUGUGUAUAUGCAUAAAAAAUGGUGUGUAUGUCUAUGUGGGAUUGACAGGAAGGCACAUACAGAGAGUUAUAUUUGAGUAGAGUAUUCCCCCUCCUUCACACACACACACACACACACACACACACACAAACACACACACUUCUACACGCACCUCUACUCACCGCUUCGAAACGCACCAAAAAACCAGACAACCGGAUAGUUUUAACGUUAGCAGCGACUCACGACGGCAGCACAGUUACCCGCAAAUGCAGUAUAACAUAUCUACAAGAGAAAACUACAUUUUUUAACAUUUUAAAGUGAUGACAGAAAGAGAGCAAGAGCAUGUGUGUCUGUACACCAGACACAGAGAGCCGUUAUCAUGAGCUAGUGACCCUCUGUUACAGAGGAUAGAGAGACCAGAUGUGAUUUUAUUUUUUAUUUUUCUGUUACUUGUGAAAUUCAGCAUUUUUGUCCUCUGUACAUAACUAAAAUAAAUGAGAUUUCAAUCUG